GUGAUAUUAAUGUUUCAAAAGAUAUAGUAACAUGGAAUCAUUUAGGAGAUAUUGUUAUUUAUAAUCAACCUAUUGAUUACAAAAAGAAAACCAAAAAAGCCUAUGAUUAUUUAACAAACAGAGAAGUGAAUAAAUAUACUAAUACCGAUUAUAUUAAAGAAAUCCAAAGAUAUUUUUCAUAUUUAAUAGAAAAUAAAAAAAAGAAUAGGGAUGAUGAUGGGUACGAAACUCAGAAUACUAUAACAAAAUUAAAUAAAAUGUAUUUUCCAUAUCAAAUUUGUAAAAUUUCUCAUAGUAGAUAUAUUAACAAUCCUAUAAAAUAUCAAUUAAUGUUUAUAUCUUAUUUUUAUGGAAGUAGUGAAACAUCUUCUAAUGAUGUGAUUUGGAAAAAAGGUGGUGCAAAGGUAUUAUUAACAAUAGCUCAUGAUGGAGCAAUGCAAAACAAAGAAAUUAUUUUAGACAUUCUUCAAAAUAUAAACAAAAAUUCUUAUUCUAAUUUAGAUUACAUAAACGAAAUACAAAAUUAUUAUGAAUAUGUAUUACGCAUUUAUAGAGAAGGUUUGAUACACGAUCCUGUUGAACUUGUUAAACAAGAAAUAAAAUUAUUGAAAGAAGAGGUUAAUUUAAUUAAAAUUUUAUAUGAAAAAGAGGUGAAAUUAUUAAAACAAGAAUUCGCUUUAUUCAACAAAUUGAUUGAGGAACAAAAAAAGAUUGAUAUGUUGGUGACAGAAAUAUGCACGAUGUUGAGUAUAAAUUCAGAUAAUAAUUUAUUAAAGAUAUAUCAUACUUUAUUAUUAGAUAAUAAUAUAGAUGUUACAAAUCAAUAA